GUGUGAAAAAAUACUUAAAAUAUUUUUUUUAUAAUUUUCGGGCGAAAAUAAAAGAGUGAUUAAAAUCAUUGACGUUAGUUAUAGAUUUUAGGACAGCAAAAAACACACACACACAAAAAUGCGCAAAAUGGAUUCAAAUCGGAUUAUAAUCUCUUUGUUGAGCAUCAUUCUGCUCGUUAUUCAAGGAACACAAACGUCGCCAGCGUAUCAACAAGCUGAAAAUUACUCGGAAGGAGACAAAUAUUUGCCAGGAUUUUUAACGUUAGGACAGAAAUACAGCAUCGCGUUAGGAUCUACCGUCAUACUGCCAUGCAAAAUUAAUGAAACAGAAAAAUCCUCCGAUAUCGUUCUCGCUUGGAUCCGAAAUCGAGCGGUGAUGGUAGCUGGUCCCACGAAAGUAACCACUAACACGCGAGUGCGUCUCAUGCCAUCGACGGGCUACACGUCAGGCUACAACCUGGAGAUCAAAGACGUGCGACUUACGGAUGCCGGCGAAUACAUUUGCCAGAUGGGCGGCGAAGAGGUGCCAAAGGAGGUGAUUCACACACUCGAGGUGCUGAUUCCGCCGAAAAUUGAUUAUGUCUCGCACAAUCGGUUGGACGUACAAAAGGGCAGUCCCGUGCGCAUCGAGUGCCGCGCCAUCGGCAACCCCAAACCAAAGAUAAUAUGGACGCGCAAAAACAACAUGAUGCCAAACGGCGAAGCCAACAUCACGGGUAACGUGCUCGAAUUGCAGCAUGCGACACGGCACACAGCUGGACACUACAGAUGCAUAGCGGAUAACCGCGUUGGGCAAACAGAUGCACGAGAGAUAAAUGUUAUUGUGAUGUAUCCACCUGAAAUUGAAGUAGAACGUUCAUUAAUUCAUACUGGUGUCGGAUACGAGGCACAAUUGAUAUGCAUUGUGCAUGCAGAGCCCCAGCCGCAUGUUAUCUGGUACAAAGAUACAACACAAUUGGGAACAACGGAACAACAUUCACAACAGAACCGUGGCAACAAAUACAGCUUGAUCAUUCGCAACGUCACAUAUUCCGACUUUGGUAAUUACUCGUGUCAGGCUUCUAACUCCCUUGGACGGGAACGUGGCUAUUUGCAACUUAGUGGAUUGCCAACGGUUUGUUAUUUCGAUUCGCCCACAAUCAGUCACUACAAGGAUCAGUACAACGUCUCAUGGACUGUCACAAGUUACUCGGCGAUCCGUGAAUAUCGGUUGUUCUAUCGGAAACAGUCCGCCUUGAAUACACUUGAUUUCCACGACGUUCCAAUUUACAAUCAAGUUGUGCCACACAUUUUGACGCAUCAUGAACGCGGCAUCAACGAUCAGUGGGAAAAUGUAGUUAUACCGGAAAUUACCUAUGAUUAUGGUGUGAGUCGUUAUAAUUUCGCGAGUUUACAUCACUUACCGCAAAGUACACGACAUACAAAGAGUUUCCUCAUCAAGAACUUGCAACCGGCCACGCACUAUGAAGUUCGGGUACAGGCACGCAACGACCACGGCUGGAAUAAGUUGUCAGCUAUUUUCCAUUUCACCACAAGAAGUGAUGACUAUGAAAAUGCCAUCCAUCCAGAUGUAUUAGAUGGCGCUGGUCUAAUACACAGCUCUGUGCUAAAUGGUGCAACUCCACUGUCAUCAUCCCUCAUUUUCGCCGUAACAAUUACCGCUUGUGCAAUAAUUUCCUCGUACUUUUCGCGUAGCACGUGAUUUUAUUAAUUCUAGGAUAGUCUGUAAAAGUGAAAAAACAUUAUUUUAAUGAUACAUAUAAAUAUUUAUAGAUGUAAAAUGCACCAUGAAAAAUUAGAAAUU